AUGAAUGACAGUUAUCCCCCGAAAUUCGCAUACUCAGAUUUUGCCAAGGACUUCAAGGCUGAGUUUUUCAAUCCUACCAGCUGGGCAAAGCUCUUUAAGGAUUCUGGUGCAAGAUACGUCGUCAUUACUAGCAAGCACCAUGAGGGCUUCUGCAAUUGGCCCUCAGCCAAUUCUUGGUUGUGGAACUCCGUAGAAGUGGGUCCGAGGCGCGACCUAGUUGGAGAACUAGCAAACGCCAUUCGUAAAGAGACGGACCUUCGUUUCGGUAUCUAUCAUUCACUGUUUGAAUGGUUUCAUCCACUCUAUCACCAAGAUAGCAAGGCUAACUUUAGCACACAAGUAAGCGAGUCUAAUGCCUCUCUCAUUUAA